AUGACAGUCGAGAAGCCAUCAUGGCAGUCAAUUGCAGAGCGAAAACGAGCAGCGCUGCAGGAGUUGUUGCCAGUUUCUCUCCAGAUUGAAUCAGUCCCAUCAGCGGACAAUUUACCCAAUGUGACCGGCUUUAUUCAGACAUUCCUCUCCCCUGCGGAGCUGGAUAUCACCGAGAACCACUCCGCGGAAGCCCUGCUGUCCAAGCUCACCGCUGGGGAGUUAACUGCAACGGAGGUUACGAAGGCUUUCUGCCAUCGGGCGACAAUUGCCCAUCAACUUGUUAAUUGCCUCAGUGAGAUUCUCUUUCCUCAGGCGCUCAGUCGCGCAGAGGAAUUGGAUGAUUACUAUCGUACGCACGGAAAACCCAUCGGCCCUCUGCACGGCCUUCCUAUCUCCCUGAAAGAUCAAUUCCGGGUGGAGGGUACGGAGACCUCUCUGGGAUAUGUCGCUUGGUUGGACGCGGUUGAGACUCAGGAGACCGAAUCCUGGCUGGUAAAGGCAUUGAAAGGCAUGGGUGCUAUUAUCAUUGCGAAAACAAACGUUCCCAGCAGCUUGAUGGCCAUCGAGACCAAUAACAAUAUCGUUGGCUAUACCACCAACCCUCAUAACCGAUUGCUGUCUUCCGGUGGAUCUUCUGGAGGAGAAGCUGCUCUUUUAAGCCUCCGAGGCAGUAUUUUGGGAUUUGGAUCCGACCUUGGUCAGUUCCUUUCCGCAGCAUAUUCCCAUCCAAGAGUCCACCAUUCAGGAGCUGACAGUGGGACUUUCCCACAAGCAGGAGCCUCGAUCCGUCUGCCUUGUUCGUUUACUGGAAUCUCCGGCUUGAAGCCCUCUCAUGGUCGACUCCCCUACCUUAAAGUCGCCAAUAGUAUGGAAGGUCAUGAGACCGUUCCGUCUGUCAUCGGCCCCAUGGGCCACAACAUCUCCGACCUUCGAUUUGUUGUGCAGAAGGUCAUAGAACACUCCCCGUGGCUGACCGAUCCCAAAGUGAUCCACCUUCCAUGGCGAUCAGAGAUAGAAAACGAGGUCCACGAAAGAAAGGCCGCCAAACGACUCACCUUCGGUGUUCUGCGACAUGACGGGGUCGUGAAACCACAUCCACCAGUGGCGAGAGCGAUUGAGCAGACUGUGCACGCGCUGGAGGCAGCAGGAUACGAGGUCAUCGAAUGGUCGCCUCCUCCUCAUUCGGAAGCCUUUCACAUUUUGUGGAACACGUUUGCUGUAGAUGGGGGCAUUGAUAUCCAUCGAACUCUUCAACAAAGCGGUGAGCCACCGGUGCCUCAGCUGGCAGUGUCGUAUGGCGAGAAUCUUGGCCAUCUUCCCGUUAGCACCGUCAAUGAUCUCUGGAAAAUCCAACAGCAGCGAUAUGACUAUCAGGUGCGCUACCUUGAAUAUUGGAACUCGACGGCCGCAUGCACACGCUCUGGCCAGCCCGUUGACGCAAUUAUUGCCCCCACCUCCCCAACCACCGCGUAUCGGCCUUCGGAGGGUAUGUACUUCGGCUACACCGGCGUUUACAACGUGCUGGAUUUCAGCACAGUGGCGGUACCAGUCACCAAGGUAGACAGAGCCCAGGAUAUCCAAGUUGAAGACUACUCUCCUUCUGGUGACCUUGAUGCUGCAAUUUGGAAGCAAUAUAACCCGGAUUUGUUCCAUGGCUCCCCAGUCGGUGUCCAGGUUAUUUGCAGAAGGCUGGAGGAGGAAAAAGUCCUGGCGAUUGCGGAAGAGGUCCAGGCGACUCUGGGAUGA